GGGAACCCAUUCCCCGCGCGGCGGGCGGUCCUCUGCGGCUCCGGGCAGGGUCGGGCGGCGGCGAUGGCCUCGGCGGCUGUGGAGAGUUUCGUGGCCAAGCAGUUGGACCUGCUGGAGCUCGAGAGAGAAGCGGAGGUCGAGGAGCGCAGGUCCUGGCAGGAAAACGUCUCCCUGAAAGAGCUUCAGAGCCGAGGCGUCUGCCUGCUGAAGCUGCAGCUGUCCAGCCAGCGGACCGGGCUGUACGGACAGCUCCUGGUCACCUGGGAGCCCCGGAGAGGCGCAUCUGCCGGCGUGCUUCCCAGCAACAGCUUUUCUUCCGGCGACAUCGUGGGUCUGUAUGGUGGCGAUGGUCAGCUGGCCACCGGGGUGCUGACCCGGAUCACCCAGAAAUCGGUCACAGUGGCCUUUGACCAGUCCUGUGAUUGCCAGUUGAGCUUAGACCAUGAGAAUUCCUACCGACUGUUAAAACUUGCCAAUGACGUCACUUACAAGCGACUGAAAACAGCGCUGAUUGCCUUGAAGAAGAACCAUGCCAGCCCUGCGUCCCGGCUCAUCGAGGUCCUCUUUGGUGGCGCAGCCCCCAGCCCGGCCAGCAACAUACAGGCGCCGGCCUUCUACAAUGCCUCCCUGGACGCCUCCCAGCAGGAAGCGGUGAUGUUUGCGCUGUCGCAGAAGGAACUGGCCAUCAUCCACGGGCCUCCCGGCACUGGGAAAACCACGACCUUGGUGGAGAUCAUUCUUCAGGCUGUGAAACAGGGCCUCAAGGUCCUGUGCUGUGCGCCCUCCAACGUUGCCGUGGACAACCUGGUGGAGGCCCUGGCUCGGAGCGGGCGGCGGGUGCUGCGGCUCGGGCACCCCGCCCGCCUCCUGGAGUCCAUCCUGCAGCACUGCCUCGACGCGGCCUUGGCGCGCAGCGACUGUGCCCGGAUCGUGGCGGACAUCAGGAGGGACAUCGACCAGGCCUUUGGGAAAAUGAAAAAGACCCAGGAAAAGGGGGAGAAAAGUAACUUUCGAAACGAAAUCAAGCUGCUGAGGAAGGAGCUGAGGGAGCGGGAAGAGGCCGCCACGCUGGAAAGCCUCCGGGCAGCGGACGUGGUCCUGGCCACAAACACAGGUGCUUCUUCUGACGGCCCCCUGAAGCUGCUGCCCGAUGACCACUUCGACGUGGUGGUCAUCGACGAGUGCGCCCAGGCCCUGGAGGCCAGCUGCUGGGUGCCCCUGCUGAGGGCCGGGAAGUGCGUCCUCGCCGGGGACCACAAGCAGCUGCCCCCCACCGUCGUCUCCUCCAAGGCCGCGCUGGGGGGGCUGUCGCUCAGCCUGAUGGAGCGCCUGGCCGCGGAGCGCGGCGGGGGCGUGGUGCGCACGCUGACGGUGCAGUACCGGAUGCACCGCGCCAUCAUGCGCUGGGCCUCCGAGGCCCUGUACGAGGGGCGGCUCACGGCGCACCCAUCCGUGGCGGAGCGGCUGCUGCGGGACCUCCCGGGGGUGGCGGCCACCGAGGAGACGGGCCUCCCCCUGCUGCUGGUGGACACGGCCGGCUGCGGGCUGUCCGAGCUGGAGCAGGACGACGACCCGUCUAGAGGCAACCCCGGUGAGGUGCGCCUGGUCAGCCUGCACGUCCAGGCCCUGGUGGAUGCUGGCGUCCGGGCGAGAGACAUUGCCGUCAUCACGCCGUACAACCUGCAGGUGGACCUGCUCCGGCAGAGCCUUGCGCACAGGCACCCCGAGCUGGAAAUCCGGUCCGUCGACGGCUUCCAGGGCCGGGAGAAGGAGGCCGUGGUCCUGUCCUUCGUCAGAUCCAACAGGAAAGGUGAGGUUGGCUUCCUGGCUGAGGACCGGCGGAUCAACGUCGCUGUCACCCGCGCGCGGCGCCACGUGGCGGUUGUCUGCGAUUCACGCACUGUCAGCAACCACGCCUUCCUGAAGACCCUGGUGGAUUACAUCUCAGAGCACGGCGAGGUACGCACGGCCUUUGAGUAUCUUGACGACAUCGUCCCUGAAAACUAUUCCCACCAGAGUUCCCAGGGCCAGGGCCAGGCAGACGUGAAGCCCCAAGGCUCUGCCACGUCUUCCACGAAGCCUGGAAGCAGGCGGCCCGAGGGAGCCCGGGAGGCCAGGCCGGCCCCGAAGACGCGGCGCGGGAAGCCUGUGGGCUCUGAGGCCCAUUCCCAGCCCAGCCUCAACGGAGGCGGCCCAGAGCCGACGGAGAGCAGGGACGGUGCCGAGAACUUCAGGGCCGUGAUAGCAGAGUUCGUGGCGAGUGAGCAAACGCAGUUGGAGUUUCCUGCCUCCCUGAACUCACACGACAGGAUGCGCAUUCACCAGAUAGCCGAGGAGCUCGGGCUGAGGCAUGACAGCGCUGGGGAAGGGAAGAAUAGGUUCAUCACUGUGAGCAAGAGAGCCCCGUCGGCCACACCUGCCCCGCUGGCCACGCCGGCCCCCUCGGCCCCCCAGCCCUCAGCAGGGGCUGACAGCGAAGCCCCUCUCCGACCUGAGCCCGCUAGCCCUGUGCAGGCGGAGCCCCCCACCAGAGAGCUGAGCGGCCUGGAUCUGAGGGCCGUGCACCUGGAGAGACUGCAGAGGGAGCGGGAGAGGCAGGGGCAGCAAGCCAAGGACAGACCGCAGGCUACGGGCUCGGGGCCGCGGAAGUUCCCAGAAAAGAAAAAGAAAAAAGAUGCAAAAGGGCCCGCGGCCCCCCGUCUGCCCGCCACGGACGACUUCGACGCCCUGCUCUCCGCUGCCGUGAAGGCUGACAGCACCUGCGGCCUCGCCAAGUGCACGGCCAGCGUCGUGACCCUGGGCCAGCUCUGCCCGCACUGCAGCCGCCGCUACUGCCUCAGCCACUGCCUGCCCGAGGUUCACGGCUGCGGGGAGAGGGCCCGCGCCCACGCCCGGCAGAGGAUCAGCCGGGAAGGGGUCCUGUACGCGGGCAGCGGAACCAAGGACAGGUCCCUGGACCCGGCCAAGAGGGCGCAGCUCCAGCGGCGGCUGGACAAGAAGCUGGACGAGCUGACCUGUCAGAGGAAGAGCAAGAGGAGGGAGAAGGACAAGUGACAGCGGGUCCUCCCGCGUGGCCUCCAGGCCUCGUCUUGGGAUGUGCGGCCGUCCCUGGCUCCUUCUGCUCCC